UUAGUCUAACAUUUCUGAGGAAAGAAGCAGCUCUUUUACAUUCCCCAAAGUUGUUUUUGUACUAAAUGCCAAACAGAAAUCCAGGUUUUAAGGGAGCAAGCUUUUACAGCCAUGGCCAGAUUCCACACAGAUUGCAUAGAGAGACUCCUACGCAUCAGUUUUGAGAUGAUGGGUCAUUUUAUUGGAUCUCAUCCCUGGUGGUUCUUGAUUGCCCCCCUCCUUCUCUCGACAAGUCUGGGGAGCGGAUUUUAUCUUCUCAAGGACAGAAUGUCAAACAACAUCGAACAGCAGUUCACGCCUGUCGACGGACAAGCGAAGACGGAGAGGAAAUACAUCCAGGAAACGUUCCCGGGAAAUGAUUCUAUGUUUUCACGUUUAAGACUGAGCACAGAUGGGAAUUAUGCAACUCUCAUAGCUACAAGUGACAGGGAUAUUCUGACUGUGGAGUCACUUCAGGACAUCCUAGACUUGGACUUUAAAGUUAGGAGUAUGGUAGUGCAGUUUGACAACCAGUCAUUUGAGUAUGCAGAUGUUUGUGCUGAGGUGAGGGAAUCCUGCACCUCUAAUGACAUUUUAGAUAUUAUUGGAUACAAUGCCAACAACAUAGACACGGUCAAUUUGACAUUCCCGUGGUAUUACUCUGAUUUUAGGAGCUUUUCUUUAUAUUUAAGUCUGGGGAGUGUGAAAUUGUACAAGGAGAGCUCAGUUGUUGAAAGUGCUAAAGCCAUACAGCUCCAUUACUAUUUACGUGGGGACAACAAAACAAAAACUGACCUUUGGUUGGAAAGCUUCAUUAAUUCAGUCUCAAAAAUCUCAUCAACGUCCAUUCAGGUGGCGUACUCCACCUCCAUGUCAAUGCAGUGGGAAUUUAAAAAAUCUCCAGCUUCUGUCAUCCAUUUAUUCUCCAUCACCUAUGCCAUUGCCAUCACAUUUUCAAUUAUAUCAUGUUGGAGGUCGGAUAAUGUGAGGACGAAGGUGUGGGUGGCCUCCUGUGGGGUGCUCUCCACAGGUCUAGCACUCCUGAGCGGUUUUGGUGCGCUGUUGUUGCUGGAUCAACCUUUUGUCAUGACCGCUGCCUCCUGUCCUUUCAUGAUAUUAGGUAUUGGACUGGAUGAUAUGUUCAUCAUGAUCUCUUGCUGGCAGAGGACCCGUGUGCUGGACAGCGUCCCCGACCGGCUGGCUGACACCUAUAAGGAAGCUGCCGUUUCCAUCUCCAUCACCACCCUGACCGAUGCUCUGGCUCUCUUCCUGGGCUACAGCUCGCCCUUUGGCUCAGUCCAGUCCUUCUGCCUGUACGCUGGGAUUUCUGUUUGCUUCUGCUAUUUGUACAGCGUUACUUUCCUGGGGGCGUGUAUGGCUUUGAAUGGACAGAGGGAAGCAGAGAACAAGCACUGGUUCACCUGUUCCAAAAUUCCAGAAGACUUACCAUCCAGGAACUCAAAAGCCUUCAGUAUCUGCUGUGUUGGGGGGAGCUACGAUCGAAUCACUGGAAAGGAGGAAACUGGGCCCAUGAGUCACAUUUUCGAGCAGUUCUAUGGCCCAUUUCUGACCCACAAAUUGAUGAAAGCAUGUGUACUUGUCAUUUACGCAGGCUAUCUGGCUGUUAGUAUCUAUGGCUUUUUUAUCUUAAAGGAGGGACUCGAUAUCAGGAACCUGGCUUUGGAUGAUUCCUACAUCAUCAAUUACUACAACAAUCAAAGGCAACACUUCUCUGAAUAUAGCUGUAACGUGAUGGUAGCAGUGAAGCAGCCCUUCCUUUACUGGGAUGAGGAUGAACGGAAGCAUCUGCAUUCAUGCAUUUCAAAUUUUGAAAGUUUAUACUUUGUCAAUGGCACUUUUGCUUGGUUUCUUUCCUUUCUACAGUAUGCGAAUGCAACCAAUCUCAAUAUAAAUUCUCAAGAGGCUUUCCACACACAUCUGCCCCAUUUCUUAGAACUCAACUCCAUGUUCAAACAAGACAUCAACUUGACUGCAGACAAUGAGAUUCAGGCCUCUCGCUUUUUCAUUCAGACACUCAACAAAACCACAGUGAAGGACAUGAUGACUGGACUCAGGAACACAGCAGAGGAAUGUCCAGUAGAGCUCCUGGUGUACCACCCAACAUUCAUCUACUUUGACCAGUAUACUGUCAUUAUGGACAACACCAUUCAAACCAUCCUGGCGGCUGUGAUUGUGAUGCUAGUCGUCUCACUCAUCCUGAUACCCAAUCCUCUUUGUUCCGUGUGGGUGGCUUUUGCAAUUUGUUCAGUCAUCGUUGGUGUGACAGGGUUCAUGGCGCUGUGGGGUGUAAACCUGGACUCCAUUUCCAUGAUCAACCUGGUCAUGUGCAUUGGUUUUUCUGUAGAUUUCUCAGCUCAUAUUUCUUACUCUUUUGUCUCCAGCCCCAAGAGUGAUGUCAAUGAGAAAGCUAUGGAUGCCUUGGCCCAUUUAGGCUAUCCGAUACUGCAAGGAGCAUUGUCCACUAUUUUAGGAGUGGCGGUGCUGUCCAUGUCUGGGAGUUACAUCUUUAGGACAUUCUUCAAGAUUGUGUUUCUUGUGAUUACAUUUGGGCUGCUCCAUGGCUUAGGGUUUAUUCCAGUGUUUCUGACACUGUUCGGGGCCUGUGGGAAGUGGUGUUAAAGUGGGGGUGUUGAUCUUGCGCAUUCAAUUUUAAAGUCAAACUGAAAUUUGAAUUCUUCACACCUUUUGUUUAAAGAAAUAUAACCUAAAAUGAUACUGAAGCUAUUGUGCAUAAUUUUUCAAAAGCUGAUAAAACUAGUCUGUUGGGGUGUUUCGAAGUCUGUUUCCUCGUCAACUGUGUUUCCCCUUAUCUUAACCUGCGCCUAUCUUUAUCACUAACCCCAACCAUUAUCUCUGCUACGCUUAACCAUAACCUAUCCUAAACCCUAACCCCAACAGCACAGGGAGGGAAACGCUAUAGGGGGAACGGACUUCGACACAAGAGGGACAUUUCCUAUGGCAGCUGUUGACUGACAUUUAAGGGUCGCGUUGCUAAGACAUGCACUGUCAAUCUACGUGGUGCGCUAUCGGCUGGAGCACGUCAUAGCCCCGUACAGCCUAUAAACUUACAACAUACAAGAACGUUGUUCCUUUUUCUUCUUUUUUUUUGUUAAACAAACCCACAUAGGGCUAGUUAUGUACCGUUCAUCUGUCAUCUGUCCCAUUACAACAUUAAACAUUUGGGAGGACCGUUGUGCUAUUGUAUUUCACUUGAAAAGUGGAAGCUAGCAAGCUAGGCUAAGUAGUAUGGCAAGCCGUUUUAACAUUUAUUAGCUAGACUGGAUAUUCAUUACUGAUAUCUGCCAUGUCAUUUUGCCUAGUCAAAAUUCUAAUUCAAGAUAUCUGUAAUUACAUUUUGACUAAUAAGAUUUACAACAUUUAGAUUUAUUAACAUUUGCCAUUCAUGUGUAUGGGGUUUCUCAUUACCAAUAUCUACAAUUCAGUGGCAGAUAUCUGCCACUGAAUUCUGACUAGUUGUAAUUCCAGUUUCAGAUAUCUACAAUUUAAUUGUGACUAGUCAUAAUUCCAGUUCAAGAUAUCUUUAAUUCCCCUUAAUUCAAGAUAUCUACAUUGUCCUUUUUAGAUAUCUUAUAUUUAGUUUUAACUAGUCAAAAUGAUGUUGAUAUCUGCAAUUCACAUUGUGGAUAUCUGCAAAUGAAUGAUAUCUGUAAUGAGAAACCCCAUACACAUAAAUGGCAACAGUUUUUGGAAUCUUACUAGUCAAAAUAAAAUUACAGAUAUCUUGAAUUAAGAGUUUUGAACCGGCAAAAUGACAUUGCAGAUAUCAGUAAUGAAUAUCCAGUCUAGCUAAUAAAUGUUAAAACGGCUUGCCAUACUACUUAGCCUAGCUUGCUAGCUUCCACUUUUCAAGUGAAAUACAAUCCACAGCGAAAUCAAAUAAUCAAAUGCUACUGGCAGCAGAUGGAGUCGAGGGAUUUGACCUCCAAAUCACCAAAUUAAUGCUUUACUGGCAUUUAUUUUAUAUGAAUGUGUUUUACUAUUAUUGUUGGAGAUUCAUUUUCUGUUCGUAUAGCCCAUUAAAGUAAAGUAAAAUCCAACAAGACUCAAUGAUAUGGAAGCCUAUAGGGGACUAUAUUAAAAUGUAAACUUGAAAAUGUAAUUCCUCAAUAGCAUUACAAUUUUCCAUAUAUGUAUGCUAUUUCAGGAAGCCCUGAGAAGCAAGUGAGAAAAAAUAAUUCAGAAGUCUGAUCUAAAUAGUUUUCUCUCCUGUGUUUAUGACUUAAGAGGUGAAAAAAAAAGAUUUUGCCAAUCUUUCUAAGUUCCUUACAUUUUUUUUUCAUCUGUGAAAAAGGUGGAAAAGUUUUCAGUUCAACUUUAAUACUUAAUUUGUAAUUGUUUGUGUCAGUGUCACACUAAAUACUAGAGAUAAUGAUUCUAAAUCUAUUAUGUUUUGACAUGUCAGAAGUGUAAACCUUGGGCAUUUUGUCUAAUUUGUAUCAAAGGUAUGUGCAGUGUCAUUUUAUAGACUUUGUAAAAAUAAAUCUUAAGUACACUCCUACUCAGACCCCCACACACCAGUUUUUAUUUGGGCUUCUUUUUUAUUUAUUUCAGCUGCAUAAACAUUCAUUUACCAUUGCCAUAAUUGAGAGCUUUUAUCAAUCAACAGCAGAGAGCCAUUCAAUGUGUUCACAGCAUAAAAUCAUUACUAUACAUCUAUAUACAAUGCUCCCAUUACAUCCCAGUCAUAUAUACAGCAAAAUGUGGAUAAAGGGCCAAUAAACAGAAGAAAGUGUCAAAUUGAAGCAAAACACAGCAGAAAAAGGUAACACUAUGAAGUAUAACAUAUACUGGGGGUAAUCUUGACAAGCGCUUGAAUGAAAUCAAUGUUCCAAAACGCUAAAAUAUGGAUUUCAUACACCGUUGUUGCGGCGAGAAAGAAGAAGAAUUGAGAAAAUAUCUUAACAGAGGCCUAACUGCAAGUUUCUACCCACAAUGUGUGUUGAAGAAACGUCAUAUUUAGAAUCAAGGAUGUCACUUCACAAUUAAGACUUGUUACAGCUUAACUUCCUUUAUACAUAGAGCAGUGCCAGCAAGCACUGAAUAUUGGCAUCUUUCUUCCACUGCACUGUGCAAAUUUGUUCAAAUGGAAAGGAAUAGAGCACUAGAUGUGAGAAAUCUCUCUGCUUUUAAGUAAUGACAAAGGAGACAGCAAUGGACAAUAACUGACUGAACCGGCCUUGUUGUUUGUCUGAAUAAUCUAAUGAUUAAGCGGCUAUAAUCCAUUCAUUUGCAAUUACAAGAAAAACUGAUAAUUUGCUGAGAUGCUUUUCAGAAGCCCAACUCAGACUAUUUAAAUAACUUAGGCCAACAUUACAACUUUAAAAUCCUAAAGAUUCCAAUGCUCUAU